AUGGCCGCUGAAUUGUUGCAAAACGUGGACGUGUCCCUCCCGACAAUCGACCGGCCCUUCGGCAUCCACCUAUGGCCCAUUUUCAACAAGGCUUUCGAGUAUGUCGUGGGCUACCCUGCCGAAGAGUUCAAGUUCGUUGCGGGUGAGACGCCUCUGUCCGACUUCCGUUCCACCGCGGCCAUGCUCGUCACCUACUAUGUGGUCAUCUUCGGUGGUCGCGCCGUCAUGAAGAACUUCUCGGCUCUCAAACUCAACACCUUGUUCAUGAUCCACAACUUCUACCUGACUGCGAUCAGCGCAACUCUACUGGCGCUCUUUAUUGAGCAGUUGUUGCCGACCAUCUGGAGACAUGGCAUCUUCUUCGCCAUUUGCGACCACCAGGGUGGAUGGACUCAGCCCCUCGUCGUCCUGUAUUAUUUGAACUACCUUACCAAAUACCUCGAAUUCAUCGACACCGUCUUCCUCUUCCUCAAGAAGAAGCCGUUGACCUUCCUCCACACCUACCACCACGGUGCCACUGCCCUCCUGUGCUAUACUCAGCUGAUCGGUUUGACUUCCGUGUCGUGGGUUCCUAUCACCAUCAACCUGCUGGUCCACGUCGUCAUGUACUGGUACUACUUCCAGAGCGCCCGUGGAAUCCGCAUUUGGUGGAAGGAGUGGAUCACCCGUCUCCAGAUCGUCCAGUUCAUCAUUGAUGUCGGCUUCAUCUACUUCGCUUCCUACACCUACUUCUCGUCGACCUACUUCCCCUGGGCUCCCAACAUGGGCAAGUGUGCCGGUGAGGAAUUCGCCGCUUUCGCCGGAAUUGGUAUCAUCACCUCCUACCUCUUCCUGUUCAUUUCCUUCUACAUCGCCACCUACAACAAGGCUUCCAAGGGCGCUCGCCCCCGCAGCAACACUGGCCGACAGGCUGUCAUCGACAUGGCCAAGUUCCAGGUGCCUCCUCCCACCAAGGGCAACGGAAAGGCUGCCAACGGAAAUGCCAAGUCGAACGGCAACGCCUCGUCCACCGGUCGGUCCAACGGACCCGUCACCCGUUCUCGCAAGGCUUAA